AUGGAGACAGGAAGUCGGACAAGGAGAAAGCCACUGCUUUCCCUCAUUAACCUCGAGUCUCCACUAGCUUCCGAAGAAGAGUGGAACAGUCAACGCGCUCGGAACUUUGGGAGUCGGAAGCAGCCUCAAUCUUUUCACAUAUCUCUACAGAAAACGCUCGUUAACAGCCGCCAUGACCUGGCCACUAGGGCAAAAGAGCUCAAUCACCACCAGCGCCGUGGUGAUAGAGGGUACAGAGAAUGUGUGGAGGUCACGUGCGGUAGGAUUGCACCGCACAGGUGGGGCACUCUCUCCGAUAAGUAA